CAUCACUCUCUCCAUUCCAACAUGAAGUACAUCGCUGCGUACCUCCUCGCUUCCCUUGGUGGCAACGACUCCCCGUCGGCUGCUGACGUUGAGAAGAUCCUCAACGCCGUCGGCUCCGAGGUCGACUCGACCUGCACCGCCAAGGUCAUCGAGUCGCUCAACGGCCAGUCCGUCGAGGCCCUCAUCGAGGCCGGCCAGGAGAAGUUCGCUUCCGUCCCGACUGGCGCUGCCGCCCCGGCCGCCGGUGCUGCCCCUGCCGCCGGUGACGCCCCCGCCGCCGCCGCCGAGGAGGAGGAGGAGUCGUCCGAUGGCUCGAUGGGCUUCGGUCUCUUCGACUGA